CUCGGGCCGGGUGCGCGCGCGCCCAGCGGCCUCUUUGUGUGGUGCCCGGAACGGGGAGAGGAGGAAGCGGUGACGGUGGUUGCUGGGGCCUGGGCCGUCUCCCACCUUCCCUUCGGCGCCUUCCUGCAGACCGGUUCCGCGACCCUCUUCCCCUUCCCCCCCUCCCCUCGUACUACUAGGGGGACGGGCGGCGGCGGCGGCGGCGGCGGCGGCAGCCGGCCUGGGCAGGAGGAGCGAGAGCGGUGGCGGCGAAGCUGCGGCGCUUGCUGGGCGUGGGGAAGGCCGGGGCCGCGGAGAUGGAGAACUCGCAGCUGUGUAAACUGUUCAUCGGCGGCCUGAAUGUGCAGACGAGCGAGUCGGGCCUGCGCGGCCACUUCGAGGCCUUCGGGACGCUGACGGACUGCGUGGUGGUGGUCAACCCCCAGACCAAGCGCUCCCGCUGCUUCGGCUUCGUGACCUACUCCAACGUGGAGGAGGCCGACGCCGCCAUGGCCGCCUCGCCGCACGCCGUGGACGGCAACACGGUGGAGCUGAAGCGGGCCGUGUCGCGCGAGGAUUCGGCCCGGCCCGGCGCCCACGCCAAGGUGAAGAAGCUGUUCGUCGGCGGGCUGAAGGGCGACGUGGCCGAGGACGACCUGGUGGAGCACUUCUCGCAGUUCGGCCCCGUGGAGAAGGCCGAGAUCAUCGCCGACAAGCAGUCGGGCAAGAAGCGAGGCUUCGGCUUCGUCUAUUUCCAGAGCCACGACGCGGCGGAUAAGGCGGCCGUGGUCAAGUUCCACCCGAUCCACGGCCACCGCGUAGAGGUGAAGAAGGCUGUGCCCAAGGAGGACAUCCACCCGGGCGGCGGCGGCGGCGGCGGCCCCAGGCCUGGCCGGGGGGGCCGGGGCGGCCGGGGCCGCGGCGGCGGCGGCGGCGGCCGCGACCAGAACGGCCUGUCCAAGGGCGGUGGCGGCUACAACAGCUACGGCGGCUAUAGCGGUGGCGGCGGCGGUGGUUACAACGCCUAUGGCGGCGGCGGCGGCGGCGGCGGCGGCUCCUCGUACGGCGGAGGCGACUACGGCAACGGGUUCGGUGGCUUCGGCAGCUACAGCCAGCACCAGUCCUCGUACGGGCCCAUGAAGAGCGGCGGCGGCGGCGGCGGCAGUUGGGGCGGCCGCAGUAACAGUGGACCUUACCGGGGUGGCUACGGCGGCGGCGGCGGCGGGGGCGGCGGCGGCUAUGGGGGCAGCUCCUUCUGAGAGGGGAGGCGAGGGGGCCCCGUGGGGCGCCGGAGGAGCUGUCCCUCCCGAAGAGCCCAAGCCGGGGUCGACUGCCCUUCUCGCUCGCCCACCCUCGCGGGGCCCAGCUCGUCUGCGGUUGCCCCCGGGGAAAGGGGGUUGCCCGUUCGCCUGCCACCUUCUCCCCCGACCCCCCGCUGAAGAUGGACUCGGCCCCACAUACACAUUUUGUGUUACAGUCAUUGAUGGACUCUAUUUUUUUAUUAUUACUUGGACUUUGGUCGUUUUUUAUACUAGCAAAAUGUCUUGUUUUAAUUUGUGUUUGGUUUUGGGGAGGGCGAGGGAGGGGCGUCUUGCUGAUUCUGUAGCAAAACCUGGCGGGGGGGCGGCGGGAGGGAGGGACUUUGUUGUAAGGACUUGAUACCUGGCUACUGCAUUUUCUAUGAAAUCUCGGAUCCCAUGACAAAUCUGGAAAGUUGUAAAAGCAAAUCAAUUUUUACGUUUUAUUUUUAAUAAAUCAGUGUGUUUGACCGUAAAUGUCUAACACUUUUUUUCCUAGGAUCCAUUCCGAACGUUUAAGGGAUUUUAGUUUGGAGGGGUGUUUUUUUUUCGUGGGCGUGUGUGCGUUAAUUCUUUACCCUUUUGAGGUGUACGUGGAGAAGCUUUCGAAGGUCCUGACUGUCUUCUGUGCUGCCCUGCUAAUUAGUGACUUCACUGGAUUUCACCCCGUACUGACAAAACUUUUUCAAGUGUGUUUAAGAGAAUUGAUUCAAACUUUUCAGUUGCCAUCCACUAUCUUGUAAGAGAUGGGUUGCUUGCCACCCCGGUGGUUGUUAUUUUUUUUCUAGAAGAAUUUUUGUCAGCGUAUGUACCGUGUAGUUUUGACGAGAUCGUUUGUUAAGCAUGUGUUCAUUCAUAUAAACUGUUAAGAUUUUCAGAUGGCCUCGUUUCAGUCCUCAUGUUGGUUGGUCUGCAGUGAAUCGUUAUAGGUGAGGGUGAAUUACCCUUAACCUAAACGCAUAACUUGCAUUUUCAGAGGAGCAGGUAGAAAUUUUUUUUCCUCCACUUAUUUGAACGAUUGUCCUCGUGAAACCCUCUUCUUCCUCUCCCCAUCUCCUCGGAGACCUUAGUAGCACCAUCUACUGGCAGAACGUCGGUGUGUGGUAAAGGGUUACUGGUUUGAGUAAAUUGCACUAGAUUUGGAAAUUGGUCAUCAAAAUGACGUGCGGACCCAAAAGAGUGACAAAGCAACGUGUAACUAAAGAUGGACUUCACGGGGGGUACGGGUCCCGUUACCCCUAUUACAGCUGCCUGGACUCCAUCUAAACUGAAAAUGUAAAAACUGCUGUGCAUAGCUUGGGCUCUGGCCCCGAACUGCUAAAAUUGUGAGCCGGCUAAGUGUGCCAGUAAUUCAGGUGCCAGUUGUAAAGCAAAAUAUCUGUGUACUCUGCUUGACUAACAAAUGUAUAUUUGUAGCCCUUUCACGCAAUAGAAUUCAAGUUGUUUAUUAAAAAAGCAUAAUAUGGGGAAAUACAUGGAUAGAAAUAGAGAAUAGCAACGUUUAUGGAUAUUGCAAAUAAAGAAUUCGAUUCU